CAAAGGCAGAACACAGCAGCCAACACAUACAUGGACUGAGAAACACUGGGAAACAAACUGAAGUGAAGUUGGAGCGACCACAGCACCUUGGAUUGGCACAUUUAAGAAGAUUUUGGGACACUUACAGAUUAUCACCUGACAGAUGAAGUGACUUGCCCAAGGAACCAUGGACAUGGACAUAGAGAGGAUUAUCCAGUGCAUCAAGCAGGGGGAUGAGCAUGGUGUUGAGAUACAAUUGCAAGUGUUCAACAGACAGUUUGCCCAUUGCUUCUUUUUUGAUGCAGAGGAGAGAGACCGAAAGAAACAAAGGAAACUAGAAGAGUUCAGGAAGAAUAAAGUGAGGGAGCACACUGACUCUGACUCAGACUACGACGAGUACCACCAAGAGGAUCGAGGCCUGAUCCUCAGACAAAAUUUAGCUAUUGUGCUCAUGAGGUUCAUAAGAACAGGAGUUAAAUGUCGUCUGUUGCGAGUAUCUCUCCACACCCUGAGGAUCCUGUCCAGAGACAAAAAGAUCCUGGGCCCCUUGGUGACUGACCAGGCUCUGCUGACUCUGGCCAAACUAGCUGGGCUGACAACAGGGGAUGCUAGUGAUGAAGCCAGCGACCCUGACUCUGAUUUCUACGACAACAUCAUUGCUUCUCUUACUGAGGCUAAAGUGUUGCAGUGUCCCGCUGAUGAGGAAGCCAGUGACCAAUAUGAAGAGUGCACUGCCGUUGAUGAGGAUGCCAAGAGUGACAUAAGCGGAGAUCUGGACAGCUUCAGCUGUCUCAGGAGACACAGAACCAGCAUCAACGAAAUACACAGAGGCAGCAUCCAUCAUAAAGUGCUGGAGCCAGGGAGGAGGGACCGCAGACAGAGCAAGAUGGAGGAAGGGGAGGAGGAGGAAGAAGAGGGGGAGUCAGGAGAAGAGGCACAGAGAAAAGAGGCCAUGAAGGUGUUAUGUAAUGUGGUGUAUAACAGCACCUGGGCCCAGGAAAGGUUCAGUGCUCUCAGGCUCAUGUGUGGUCUCAUAGAGCGUCUAUCCUCCAGCGUCAGGUGCUCAUCUUCCUCCAGUGUUCAGUUCUAUGAACUACGCCUCAUGUUCCUCAUUACGGCACUACGGCCAGAGCUCAGCAAUCAGCUUCAACGGGAGGGAGGGGUGUCCCUGCUCACAGCAGCUUUGGAGAACUGCCUGGAGGUUCAAUGGAAGGACCAUAAUGAGUAUGUUCUGGACCCAGCAGCACCACCCAUCUCUUUGGAUGCCUCUCAGCGUAUCAUUGAGAUCCUCAAAAUACUCUUCAGCAUCACCUACAGCACCCACAGGCAGGAGCCAAGUGACGAUGAUGCAGCUAUUUACCGACAUCUGGUGGCCACCCUGCGUCUCUGCCUGAUGAGGAAGUGCGUGUUGUUGGAUGACACUGAUGAACUGCAGGGUCACACAGUCAACCUGUUGUCAGCGCUGCCUCUCCAGUGUCUUGACGUGCUGCUGACAGUGCCUCUGGAACCCAGUUCAGAGCAGUGCCAAGGGGUUAACAUGGACUGUGUCAAAACCCUGCUGAUGUUCAUGGAGAGACGACUUGAGUCUGGUGAUAAGGUCAAAGAGAAGCUGACACCAGUCCUUAAUCUACUGACAGAGAGCUGCAGGGCUCACAGAGAAACACGCCACUACAUCAGGAAACAUAUCCUGCCUCCUCUGAGAGAUGUAUCACAAAGGCCCGAAGAAGGCAACACAGUGAAGAAUCGUCUGAUUCGUCUCAUGACUCAUCUGGAUACAGACCUCAAACACUGUGCCGCUGACCUCAUCUUUGUCCUUUGCAAGGAAAACGUGAGGCGUUUUGUCAAGUACACAGGCUAUGGUAAUGCAGCAGGCCUGCUGGCCACCAAGGGACUGCUGGGUGGCCAGGGGCCCAGGACCUCCAGCUCUGGCCCCUGGUACUCCAGCGACUCAGACUCAGACACUGAAGAGUACCGGCAGGUCAGAGAUCGCAUCAACCCGGUGACGGGACGGGUGGAGGCAGAGCAGCCAAACCCCAUGGAGGGUAUGACAGAGGAGGAGAAGGAGGAGGAGGCGAGGAGACUGAUCAUGCUCUUCAAUAAGCUGUCCAGAGAUAACAUUAUCCAGCCAGUGGGAGUGGAUUCGGAAGGGAAGCUGGUCCCAGUGUUGGGACUGAGAGGAAAUUCUCUGACUGAGGAGGGGAAGUCUGAGUCAGAGAGUGACAACGACGCAGGGGAAAACUGAAAUUGGUUCAUUCAGU